AUGAAGUUCGAUCUUGCUACUGCUACCUUGGUCUUAGCUGCCAUCUCACAAGUUGCAGCUUCCCCCGCGUUAGCCACCCCCAUCGCCCCCACCGAGCUUACCACGAGAGAGUUGGACGUGGUCAACAAUGCCAUCGCCAACCUCAACCAAUUCAACGCCAAGAGAUCGGUGAUGACCAACGCCGAGUUCGCCAAGAGAGAAAACCAGAUCGUCACCGACGUGUUGGCAGCCAUCAAGGACACAAACUUGGCUCCCGGUAUCGUGACUUGGUUCAUCAACGAUCCAACAUUGUCUCAAAUCGCCACUAAUGUCAUCACUGAGGGUAUCAAACAGGGUUGGAUCAACGUGGGCACCUUGUUGAAGUCUUUGAAUGAUUCCGGGUUGGCGGUUGACGUUAUCCAUGACUUGAUCAACUACUGUCCUUUCUACGCCGAGAUCUUCAAGUUGGUGUUGCAGGAGUUGCAAAACUUGCCCGAGUUGAUUGGAAACUUGUUGGGUUUGAAUUCACAAUCGGUGAGCGAGGCAGUGGUCAAGUCCAAACGAGAAGCGUUCCAGGAGUUGGCUGCACAAAGAGACGAUUUCGACCCUACUGUCGUCUUGUACACUAGAGACGGCGAAGAAAUCUUGACUUCCUUGAUGGAGUCGCUUAAGAACUCCGGCUUGGCCAACCAAGUUGUUGAGGCCUUGGUUACCGAUGACGGUUUCUACUCGUGGGGUGCUUCCUUGAUUGAGUCCUUGUUUAAAAACAACGCCAUCACCUUGGGCCAAUUGGUUGACGACUUGAUCCAAUCUGGUUUGAUCCCCACCUUGAUUAAAAACUUUUUGAACUUCGACACUUUGAAAAGUGUCAUUGUCAAUGCCUUGGCGGCUGCCUUUGGUCAAUGUAAGGACACUCCAGCCACCUCGACAUUUGCCACCACCCCAACCGGUUCUCCUACUCCUACCGUCACCACUGGAACUGCCAACUUGAGCAGUUUGACUACCUUCACCGGCACUCCUACUGCCACUGGUCCAAACACAUUGGUCACUGCCACCACCACAGGCAAGACUUCAUGCAAGAAGAAGAGAAGAUCAUACUAA